AAAUCUUGCUAAACCUCUUUUGGGAUCAACUGUAAGUUGUAGGGUUUAAGCUCUGCGUCAAAACCACAUGGUGAAUAGUUCAGUGCUCCAUCAAUGGCGAUUACGGGCUUAGGUUUCACCUGCCCAUACCAAGUCCCUCUUCGAAACCCUCUGUUUCACAGCUUCGUUCGCAAGGUGUGGCCACGGCCGAUAACGUCGGCCAUUGAAGCACUUGAAGGGCCACCAGAUAUCAUAAAGCACAGUAUUUCAGAUUCUCAUGAUUCGGUUCAUGAGAAAGGGAAUUCGGGGAACGAAAAGGUGCAGAAAUGGAAGAAGUUAAGCUCCAAGGAGCUUGGAAUUACGAACUCUAUGAUCUCUAAGCCUGCGAGAAGGGUUCUUAAUAAUCUCAAGCGAAAAGGAUACGAGGUUUAUCUUGUGGGAGGUUGUGUUAGGGAUCUUGUGUUAAAGCGGACACCCAAGGAUUUUGACAUAAUCACCACAGCUGAACUAAAAGAGGUGAGACAAGCAUUUUCCUGGUGUGAAAUAGUUGGGAAACGAUUUCCUAUAUGUCAUGUGCACCUUGAUGAUACCAUUAUAGAGGUUUCAAGUUUUAGCACAUGUCGAGACAGAGUUGGUGAGGACUCAAGUCAUCAGUCUCCUUUUGGUUGUGAUGGAAAGGAUUAUGCACGUUGGAGGAAUUGUUUGCAGCGGGACUUCACUAUUAACGGGUUAAUGUUUGAUCCAUACGCAAGUAUAGUGUAUGAUUACUUGGGAGGAGUUGAAGAUAUAAGAAAAUCUAAAGUGCGAACGGUGAUUCCUGCAAGCACUUCUUUCCAACAGGACUGUGCUCGUAUUCUUCGUGGAAUAAGAAUUGCAGCUCGUUUAGGGUUUCACAUUUCAAGGGAAACAGCUCAUUCUGUUAAGAAUUUAUCUGUGUCAGUUUUGAGACUUGACAAGCAAAGGCUUCUAAUGGAAGUCAACUACAUGCUAGCAUAUGGUUCUGCUGAAGCUUCUUUAAGGUUAUUAUGGAAAUUUGGACUUUUAGAAAUACUUCUGCCCAUCCAGGCAGCUUAUUUUGUUCGCAGUGGUUUUCGAAGACGUGACACAAGAUCAAACAUGCUUUUGUCUCUGUUUUCUAACAUGGAUAAACUUCUGGCACCUGACAAGCCAUGCCAUAGCAGCUUAUGGGUUUCAAUCUUGGCAUUCCACAAAGCAUUAUCUGACCAACCUCGGAAUCCCUUGGUAGUUGCAGCCUUCAGUCUUUUGAUCCACAAUGGUGGGAAUAUCGCAGAAGCAUUUGAAAUAGUCAGAAGAAUCACCACACCACAUGAUGCUAGCUUUCCCGAAUUGCUGGAACCUGUGAAUUUGAGUACUCGAGCUUUGACAAACGAGAUUAUGGAUCUUGCACGCUGUGUUAAGGCUGCGCUUAACGAGAUGACUGAUGAGCAUGCUAUCUCUCAUGCAAUGGCAGGCUACUCCAAAGCACCUUUUUCAGAUUUGGUACUGAUCCCACUGGGAUUAUAUUUGAGAGUGUGUCGGAUUUUUGAGUGUGUGAAAGGCGGUGCGGAGCAAGGAUUUGUGUCAAAGCAAGGUAGCAAGAUUCAUUACGAGUCAUUGGCUCUGGGAUCCUUGCCAGAGGUUCGACACAAUUUUGCGAGGAUUGUUUUCGAUACUGUGUUCCCUAUUAAGUCAUGAUCAUACUGAGCAGUUGAUCGUUUGAAGUUUAAUCAAGUAAAGGAAAUUCAUUGAAUGAUGCUCAAUAACACCAUUGGCCGAUUGAUCGUUUAAUCAAGUAAAGGAAAUUCAUUGAA